AAUAACGCAUAGUCAUGUACAUCACAAUGAUAUUGUACAGUCCAAAGUUUUAUAUUUUAAGUAUUUGAACAUUGAACAUAAACAUGAUUUAUUUUAAGGAAUAAAUAUUUAUACAGGCCACCUUACAUGUAUGCUGAUAAUUCAUGCAUCCCUGAAUUUAUUCGUGCUAAAUCAUUUAUUCAUCCAUGCAAAAUCUAUUUUCUCCAAUCGAAAGUGUUCAUAUACUUUUAAGAUCAUGGCGGACAAGCAAGUCAAAGUUGCGUUGUGGGGAGUGCCUCGAACGAUGUCGACGGUGUUUACAAAAUGCAUCAGUGCCAUUGACGGGAUUGAAGUUUAUCUGGAGCUUUAUUCGUAUUCUAAAACAGCGAAUGGCGUUUUCAAAUCAGCGACCGGUCGUGACAUGCCAAAGAAACUGGAAGGGAAUGAGGCGGUAUACGCCGAAGUCGUAGAGGUGUUUAAGAAGGAAACGAAUAGCACUUUGAUACCAAAAAGAAUUUCAUGUUGUGAAAUCAAACGAGAUUUGGAGACUACGAAGAGUCGGUUCGUCUUUAUAAAGGAGAUGGCCUUUACAGAUUACAUCCUAGAGUAUCUUCCUGAAGGCUUCAAGCAUGUCUUCCUUAUUAGAGAACCAACGAAGGUCUACACGUCUUUCCGCAAAGGACUGAUGGCAUUGGGAAUGUUUAAUCUUAAUGAAGAUGAUGUCGACAUCAUACGCGACGAUAAAACACAAAUACAGCCGAUGUCGUGGUACAAGGAACAGCAUCAGUUAUGGAAAUAUGUUAAAGAAAAUAUCGACCCCACUCCCAUCAUCAUUGACGCUUACGAUCUAGCCAGGAACCCACAAGGGAUCUUGAAACGAUUCUGUGAAGCUGUUGGAUUUCCCUACAGUGAUAACCUUCUGCUGUGGUCGCCGAGUCACGAGUUCCCGGAGAACUUCGUGACGGCUGGCGAAAACCUCUUCAGGUCGUUCUCUGUGAUGUAUAAGACGGCAUUCAGCAGCACACAUUUCAUGGCGCCUUCCGAAAAGGGACCAUUACCACGUGAUCAGCUGACAGAUGACGUCAUCCAAUGUGUGGAGUAUUCCAAUCCAUUUUACCAUGAGAUGUACAAGGAAAGAAUGCAAGUAUCUUGAAAAUGCCCUGUUCCUGCUCUAUACAAAUUAAGAGAGCUAGCGCAUCUGGCAACGUUUUUUUUUCGUUUUCUUUCUUCCUUUGUUAAUUUGCAGCGUCCCCCAUGAGGAGUAUAGGUCUACACUAUCCAAAAUAUAAGAUGGUUUGAUAGAUAAUGGGAUGAUCCCCUAUAUAUAUUGCAUAAGGUGAAACCAGUUAUCCAAUGUAGGCCUACAUGGUUUCUCGUCCUACGCACUGCACUAUUUACAUGAUUUGUGUCGGCAAUUUUUGUUUAAUUGUAUGCCUAUUUUCUUUUGAUAUUUUUUGGGGGGCUAAAUGUUGCAUUUUUGGCAGGAUUAAUCGUUAAAAAAUGAAAACUGUUACCAAAAAUUACAUAAAAAAGACACUGUAUCAUGCUCUAAAAUGUGAUAACUAAAUGUGUUUUACCAUAUAUUGUUAUGCUUUCAGGUCACAUUCGCUUUUAUUUAUUUUUUUUUUUUUUUGGGGGGGGGGGUAUCAGAGUACUCCGAAACUCUUAGGUUUACUUAACAGAUCUGUUUUCUUAUUUUUGAAUCUUGUAACCGCAGAUCACCUUUAAAAAUUGAUUUUCAACAUUUCUUAAAAGGUGAUAUUCUAUUGAUUAUCAGUUAUUCAAAUGAUACAUCUUUGUAGUCUAUAAUAGUAAAUUCUUACAAUGUCUUACAUGCAGGUUGUAUGUUAAAGUACAGUUCUGUAUUUUCGCCAACAGAUGAUAUUCCAAAGUAUUAAGCGUAUAGAUAUUGAACGCUCCGGUGAACAGCAAUAAAUAAAAAAAAAACAGACGAUACUUGAAUAUGGCGAAGUGUUUUUCUUUGUAAAUUCCAAGAAUUAUAUUUGUGAAUUUAUUUUACGAAUAAUGUAUAGAAUAAUCAGCAAGGGUGAUUUUAAGAGGCGGUGGAAGGGAUCGUUUUAAUGGUCCAGGUACGGUUUAUUUUUAAUUAGUGUACUGCCAUUUCGUCCAAUUAUCAACUCGUCUUUUAUCAUUUACAUGCGUAUCCCGACACAAGCACCUGGUGCUUUCUAGUUUACGUCUUCUUCCAUGUACAUGAAUUACAUAUUGUGUGUACAUUCAUUGUCAUAUAACACUAUAUUAUUGAUUUUUCUAUUUUAUAUGAGUUGGAACCUGUGUGAUGUCAAUAGGAAGAAAAGAAAUGUUUACUUCAAUUGAGUUAAAUUUGGUAUACCAUCAAUUCGUCAACUAACCACAUGGUCUAAUUGCAUUUCGUCCACUCACCAUUUCAUCAAAUAACUAGUUGGUCCAAUAGCCAUUUUUGCCUAAUAUACCGUUCGGUCUAUUUCGAUUUGUAGUGUUAAUAGGGCGAAAUGGACGUAAACGAAAUUAAUAUUAGACCAUCUGGUAAUGAGACGAAAUGGUCGUAGACGAAAUGGUGGUAUUAGACGAAGUGAUGAUAGACGAAAUGGCAUUAGACUAUUAAAUGAAGAUAGACCAUGUAAAGAGUGGAUGAGUUGGCUGAAAACAAGGUCAGUUGAGAAACUGUUUUACAUCAUGGUUCUGACAUUAAAAACAUUUGGCAAUAUUACCAUUGAGAGGUUAUGGCUAUAUUAAUCUAAUAGUUGUAAAAGAUUGUUUUUAACAAUAGAGAAUAAGUACGUGCGACCUAAUUUUUCUAUUUCUCAUUUUUCGUCUUUUGUUUUUCAUUGUUUUGUGAAAAGGAAUUAUUACAGACCAUUAAACAACUAAAUUAGACCCUGA